UGCCCGGAGGAGGAGAUGGGCACGGGAGAGGGCAGCGACAGGAUCACCAUCAAUGUCGGGGGGACGCGGCAUGAGACCUACCGGAGCACCCUGCAGACCCUCCCCGGGACCCGGCUGGCGCGGCUCACCCAGCCCCAGCCCCAGCCCCAGGAGCCCAGCGGCGGGCAGCUCUUCUUUGACCGGCACCCCGGCAUCUUCGCGUCGGUGCUGAAUUAUUACCGGACCGGUAAGCUGCACUGCCCGGCGGAUGUGUGCGGGCCGCUGUUUGAGGAAGAGUUAGCUUUCUGGGGUCUCGAUGAGACUGAUGUGGAGCCCUGCUGCUGGAUGGCGUACCGCCAGCACCGGGAAGCCGAGGAGGCACUCGACAUCUUCCAGCCGCUCGGAGCUGGCCCCGGGGAGGAGGGAUGUGAGCCCGGGGGGGUGCCCGAGCCGGGACCGGGACCUGGCCGGGGGCCGGGGGAAUAUGGCUGCAGCCGCUCGGCCCCUCUCUCCUGCUGGAGCCGGUGGCAACCCCAGCUCUGGGCGUUAUUCGAAGAUCCGUACUCGUCCCGAGCAGCACGGUUUAUCGCGUUUGUAUCCCUCUUUUUCAUCCUCUUAUCAAUCACCGCCUUUUGCCUCGAAACACAUGAGGCUUUCAACAAGAUCAUUAACUUGACAGAAUAUACAGUGGUGGGGAACAGCACUCAGAUAGUAAGUGUGUAUGAGAUAGAGACAGAGCCCGCCCUCAUGUAUGUGGAAGGCGUGUGUGUCAUGUGGUUCACUUUGGAGUUUAUGGUCCGCAUUUCCUUCUGCCCCAAUAAGCUGCUAUUUGUUAAGAAUAUGCUGAACCUCAUUGACUUUGUGGCUAUUCUGCCCUUCUAUCUGGAGCUGGCACUUCGUGGAUUGACCUCCAAGGCAGCAAGGGAUGUUCUGGGCUUCCUCCGGGUUGUCAGGUUUGUUCGGAUUCUACGGAUCUUCAAGCUUACCCGGCAUUUUGUGGGAUUGAGGGUGUUGGGACACACCUUGAGAGCCAGCACCAAUGAGUUCCUCCUGCUCAUCAUCUUCCUUGCACUGGGAAUUCUAAUCUUUGCCACAAUGAUCUACUAUGCAGAGAGACUUGGUGAAAACCCUAACACUGUGAGCCCCACUCACUUCAAGAAUAUUCCCAUUGGCUUCUGGUGGGCAGUAGUCACCAUGACUACACUUGGCUAUGGUGACAUGUACCCACAGACAUGGUCGGGUAUGCUGGUGGGAGCAUUAUGUGCCCUGGCUGGUGUGCUUACCAUUGCGAUGCCAGUGCCAGUCAUUGUCAAUAACUUUGGAAUGUAUUACUCACUGGCAAUGGCCAAACAAAAACUCCCCAAGAAACGCAGGAAGCACUUUCCCUGUGGGACACAUGCCAAGACUACAGGCCUUUGCAAUUCAGAUUUGAACUCUUCAUGCAACAGCCCACAGAGUGACAGCAAUCAAAUUGCUGCUGAGGAGAUAAGAGAGAGAAAGAACUCAGACUCAAAACAGAAUGGUGAAGCAAACGUGGCCCUAUCUGAUGAAGAAAAUGCUGCACUGAACCAAUCAUUGACAGCCGAUGAGAGUCAGGUGCUCAGAUGCUCCAGUAUGAGGGACAAAAACAAGAAAGGGACAACCUGUUACUUAUUGACAGCUGAGAACUGCAAAGAUGUCCACACAGUUAACUACACUCAAGCAGAAGUAAUCACCCUGUCUUAAUGGUAAAUAGUGGAGAUCGGAGAGCAAAGGGCGAACAUCCUUGUUUUGUCCAAAGUGAAACAAUGGCAAGUUCCAGACCCCAGCAAUCUGGCUGCAGCAAUCUGGGGGAAAGAUCAGAAACUAGGAACCAUUGAAUACUCAUAACUAUUAACUUGGCUGUAAUAUAUAUCUACAUAAUCCUGUAAAAGCA